UUAUUUGCCUUUUGGCCCUUAGGCCACUUCUGAGACGUUGACGCCGCGCGAUUGGGAUCGUCCCAGGGAUUUAAUGUUUGCCGAACCCGAAAACCCCCCCAGCCUUUAGCUGUUCUCAGCCGCACACGCCGUCGUUCGUCGCGUGCUCCGGAAAUCUGUGUGUAGGUUGUUAACAAAAAAGAACGGACGAAUCGCGCUUUGCUGGUCGAAAUCUCGAUACAUGCCAGGUUGGCAUGGACGCAGGAAUGUUUGUCUGUCUGCCUGUUGGGUGAAUGCUGCCUUUUUGAAGCUUUUCUUGGCCCUUCUUUUUCUUGCAAAGGGCAAUGCACCUCUUCGGAUGGUGUCGCUCCUGCUUGGCCCAAACAGGCGAUCUUCUGGUCGGCCGGUCAAUCCGCGAGGAUCAUCAGGAGAACGGUACCCGAGCGAACGAGUGUGUGGUUGCACGGCCAGUGCUGCUUUUGCUGCCCGCUGUUGCUGUUUUCGUUGUCCUCUUCUGGUGUCCCGCAGCCCCGGAAUAAGGUCAAGCAAGGUCAGAGCGCUGAGCUGGAGAGGCGAUGAUGCUGUGAACGGCCCAUUUGGAGAGGGGGCCUUGCAUGCAGGAAGGUUCGAGCCUCUCUCCGUCUCCUUCCUCCGGCAACUGCAGCACCGCGAGUUUAAAAGAGAACGAGAAGGAACGGCCGGCGGGAGCGUUGCAACCUUAGACGAGUUUUGCAUCCAUUUCAAAAGUACGACGGGACCGCCUAGAACCUGCUUCGGUGGUUUAUUCUAUCCUUGCGCUAUCCCGCAAGUGCUAGGCUGUAUGGGCUUGCAACUUCCUUCCUCCGGCCACGCCAUCAUCACCUGCCCAAACUUAUUAAUGGCGGCCGUACAUCCGGCCUCCACAACCCGACCUCUCACAUCCAUCCACCCACCCCAUUUUUGCAGCCUGCGGGCCGGGAAAGCGAGACAUGCGCUUCAGGUGGCCUCGCAUGACCUGACAAAAAUAUGCAGAUGCGCUGUAGUAGGGCAUGUGCAGUACAGUCCGCUGCUGUGAGAAAUAACCUGCUGUGCGCUCUUUAAUUACCUUGGCUGCAUCUGCAUCUACCACCAUGACGAGCUCAAUCUCGGCGCGCUGUGCCUCGAUCUUCGUGGGAGGGUGGGCAUGUUGUGUGUCUUGUCUUGUCCUCCCAGUGCUCCCCAUCAUCCUCCCCCUCAAGGACUCGGCAGAAGGCACGAUGCUGACUUGAAUCUCAUGGAAAGCGAGUAACGAGGGCAAAAAAUGGCGGGGUAAGUAAAGUCGUGCAUAUUGAGUCGGAGUCAACCUGGAUACGGCAGCUAGCUUCUCCAGCACAUCGUGUGCGUGCGCGUGUGCGUGUGCAUGUAGCCAGUCCCUCACUUCAGCUCAGCUGUUCCUGGGCCCCCUCUCCACAUCCCUCCAGCUUUCCAAACCACACACACGUCGUCUGCGGAGGGAAAAAAGGGGGGGGGGUUAAGGCAAAAUCCUUUCGUAUUCACCACCAUCUGGCCCA